AUGGAGGUUGGAGAGAAGUGUAAAGGAGAAGGAUCAGGAAAGAAAUCUAGUAAACUUGAAGUUGAGCUGACCUGGAGAAAGAAGGAGGAGCGCAAACUCUUUGGUGGUGCUCUUGUCGGAAAGAUAAUCUCAGAGAAGAACUUGAAUCUGUUCCAUGAUCUCCCUCUUGCUGCGAUGGAGGUAGAUACUGCUGUGAAAUUAGGAGGUCUCAUUGGUGAGGUAAUGAUGGUGGAGGAUCCCAGAGGCGAUGGUUUAUUAAUCAGGAGUUUCUUAAGAGCCAGAGUCCUUGUGGAUUUAAGGAAGCCAUUGGUGACUGGAAUGUGGUCUCCUAGAAAAGAUAAAGAUCCUAUAUGGAUUAAGGCUCAGUAUGAAAGGUUGCAGAAUUUCUAUUUCGCAUGUGGCAGAAUUGGACAUGACAUGAGAUCUUGUGCAAUUAGGGUAUGUAAUUCAGACUGGGAAGAGGCUAUUGGCUUCAAGGAUCUCUCUAGUGAUUCGAGAAGAGAGACUCCAAAACUGAUUAAUCAGCUGAAGUUGGUGAAUGAGGAGAAUGUAGUUACUGAGACUGUUGAUAGUAGAAGUGCUAAAGAAAAUUGCAAGGAGGAAGCUAUCCAAUGCAUGGUAGAAAGGAUAGCUAGCACUACGAAGUGGUUGCCAUCAAAGGAACAAAACAAUGAAAAUGUAGCAGGUGAAGGCAACUCAUGUGAUGCGGAAUUUAGGAGGAAGGUAGUGAGGAAAAAGCCUACUAGGGCAGUAUUGAAAGAGAAUUACUGUGUAGACGCAGAAAAAGACGAUCUCUCGAAGGCGCUGGUGGUUAAUGGAAGCAUCUCCCCUAUGUUAGAAGUAACACGUAGUAUGGAAAAGAUUGCUUUGAAGAGAAAAUUUGAUGAGAAUGAAGAAGGGGAAAAUGUGAAGAGAAGGAGACUCAACUCUGAAAAUUUGACAGAACAUCAUAAUUCUCUAGAGAAUGCUGCCCCAAAGAAAGAGUUAAGAAGAAGUCUCAGGUUUUUCAAGAAGAAGUCGAGACAAGGAAAAAGAAUAGCAGGGAAAUCAGCUCUAAAUAACGGAAGUUUAUCCCUAGUGACUGAAAGGGAGACUAAACACUGUCCUACUAAUUGCGUUGGUGACUGGCCACAAUCAGUCACCUUGGAGCCAUGACUUUUAUCAUGUGGAACUACCAGGGUUUUGGUGCUACCUUGG